UGUUGACAUAAUAUACUAUGACUUUUUUUUAAAUAUACGAUGGUAUGACUUUUCUGUUUUUGAAACAUACUUACUAUGAAUGUUUUUUUUUUUUUUAACUUUUUACUAAAACUCGGUACAUGACAUACUACGGUUUUUUCAACAUUCUUUACUAUGCCUUUUUGAGUUUUAUUUACAUAUCAUACCAUGACUUUUUUCAAUCCUCCCCGUUGUCAGUACCUGGAGCGGUCCAAACAGUCCCGGAGUACUGGGGCCAGGAGGGGAGAGUGUCUCCAUUUCUCAGAGGCACAAACAAGGGGUUAUGCAACAAAAAAGUCAGAACCAGCUGAUUUAACUGAAUAAUCUAAAAGUGAGAGUAAAUCCCUAAACAAGAAGAAUCUGGAGACUUGCAACUAAGUCAGAGGGCCCACAAACAACAUGGACGAAAGGUAGAAAAUAACUAAAAGGGUGCAAAAACAAAAGAGCUGAAGCAAAUACACUUUUACUGAAGAAAGUUGAACCACUUUAGCCUACUCUCAAUUCAUCUCCAGUCUCUUUAGUUAUUGCAUCCUUUCAGUUUAAUUCUACUUUCCAUACUGUACCGAAGGUUUUUCACUCUUGUGCCCUUAGUUGCAAGUUUCUGCAUUCUUUAUGCCUUUCAAUUAAAUAUCAGCUGGCUGUGGUUCUUUGUUGCAGAACCUGACCUGAAAAAGUUGAGAAAAGACCCACACCUUAUUGCCACGGUCAAUCCCACCAUGCCACUGAGAACCCUUUGCACUGGUAUCCUUUCUCUAGGCACAUUUAACCUUUUCAUUUCGGAAUUGGACUUUAAAAUUCAUUUGACUUGGAUAAGGAUCAAACCAAGUAUCUCAGGACAUCCAAACAGGCAUGUAGCAUUGUGAGCUAUUGGAGUUCACACCUCCACUGUGUUUCACAAAGCCUUUCACUCUCUCCUCUGGACAUUGGCCUUUAAAAUUCACUGAGCCUUGUUAAGGAUUGAAGCCCCAACCUGCCUGACAACAACUCCCUCAACAAGAAUACGUUCCUUAUAAACAGGUACAAAAUGAUGACUUUUCAGUUUAGGAUUCAGACCUGAACAUGGAACUUCAGGUAUUACAAGGGUCUGUCUAUCACACUGAGCUACCUUACUGCUACACAUACUGGAACAUAAAUCUCAUCCAGAGUACAGUGCAUCUUUAGCUGUAAUCUGGUUUGACCUCACACUUCCACUGUUUUUCAUGAAGCCUUUCGCUCUCUCCCCUGGACAGCAGCCUUUAAAUUCACUGAACCUUGACAAGGAUUAAAGUUAGAACCUUGGGACUUCCAAUCAAUCAAUCAGUUUUAUUUAUAAAGUCCUCACAAAUUACAAUUUGCCUCAAAGGGCUUUACAGCAUUAGACAUUCCUCUGUCCUUAGGACCACAGAGGAUAAGGAAAAACUCCCCCCAAAAAACCCUUUAACGGGGAAAAAAAUGGUAGAAACCUCAGGAAGAGCAACUGAGGAGGGAUCCCUCUUCCAGGACUGACAGACGUGCAAUAAAUGUUGUACAGAACAGAUCAACGUGAUAAAUUAACAGUAAUCCGUAUGACACAGUGAGACAGAAGGAGAGACAGAGAGAGACCGAAAGAGAUGCAGGACAGACAGUAAUGACAGUAGCUUACAACAACAUUAAUUUAAGUAAUAAUAUUAUAAUUAUAGUUCUGGUUACUGUGGUACAAUAUGUUGUAGGUAUAUAUUUAUAUAUUAAUAAAUGACAGUAUAUGUAUGUGACAAUAAUCGUGUAUAUGACAGUAGAAGUAUGACUAAUGAUAACAGCAGCGGUGGGGGGCAUCUGGCAGGACCACGGCAGCGGCACAACCACACACGUCACAUCAUCCAGGCACCGCUGCAAUAUGAGUUAACCUGAGAGACAGUGGAGCACAAAGGCUCUGGAGAAGAAGUCGAGUUAGUGACAUGCAGUAGAGCUCUAACCUUCAAACCAGUCCUCUAUCUCCCCGAGCUAAUGAGCUGGAGACACUCAGCCUCCUUCAAUAACUUAUCUCAAAGAAAAAUUCAUAGUAUAUGUAAAAAAAAAAAAAAGUAAAUAACUCGGUACAGUAUGUUAAAAUUUAAUCCCUGAAGAACUGCAGAUGUGGUGGGUGGUCCAAAAAAACCCUCAUAAAAUGUCUUGGUACAGUAUGUUGAAAAAAGUCAUAGUAUUAUCAUCAGUCCUCCCCAACACUGUCGCCUGGGUUGACAGUUUGACUACAGUUCACAAGCAGUGACGCGUGUCAUGUUCAAAGUCACUUCAAUCACCUUUCUUCCCCAUUCUGAUGCUUGGUUUGAACUUCAGCAGGUCAUCUUGACCAUUUCUACAUGCCUAAAUGCAUUGAGUUGCUGCCACAUGAUUCGCUAUUUUCCCUUAACGAGCAGUUGAAGAGGUGGACCUAAUAAAGUGGCGGGUGGCUAUAUGUGCGUAAAAGAGGUGUUCUUUUUAGAUGAGUACAAUUAAUUUUUCAACCAGUUAUCAAGACGUGCUCUUAAUAAUUAAAGGAUUAAAGAGGGCUUAUCUAUUCUAAUAAACAGGGGGUGUUUGCCUGCCUCUCCUCACAUGGGGGCAGUAUUGGAUGUUGCAAGAUCAAUAUUACUGGCAUUUGCACAAGCCUUGUAUUUGCAUUGUAAAUAUAUUAAAGUCAUGUAAAUGUUUGAUGUGAACAACGAAAUGAAAAAGCUUAGCUUUCACCAGGGGGCCUAAUAUUUUUGUUUGAGGGCCAACCAUUUAUUUUUACUGUAUAUUUAUCAGCAGGUUUAAAAACGAAUCACAGCUUUUUUGCCUCUUCUUCACACUGUCUGGCCUAAAUUCUGAGCUGUUUAUGUGACUUGAAUGGUGGAUUUUCGCAUUUUUGUAAGAGGGUAGUGGAGAUAAAAAUAGGAAACCAGGGAAGUCAGGUUACCGACAGAGGGCCAAGCACACCCCAAUGAUGUAACAGCAUCUCCCGUCUUACCACAGAUGGUUGAGAAAGGAAGACGUCUCACCCUGUAGCUUUUUCUUGUUACAGCAAUGGUCCUCACAGUCUCAGGCAGAUUACAGUUAAAUGUAAAAUGUUACAAAAAUAGAGAUAGUCAGUUUGACAUUGUCACUGAUCAUCAAAAUUAAUUUUCUCUUGUACCAGUCUUUAAACGACACAAUUGUUUCAGCACACUGUAAAAUACACUACUCAAAAAUAUUAAGGGAACACUUAAUGGUCACAGUGUAACACCAAGUCAGUUAAUCUUCAGGGAUAUCAAUCUUUCCAUUUAGGAAGCACAAGUGAUUGUGAAUCAGUUUCAUUUGCUUUGGUGCACGCGGUGGCCACAGACAGUUGCUCUCUCCUCAUCCUUCCUGACUGAUUCUUCUCUAGUUUUGUGUUCUGCUAGUGUCCUUGUCACUACUGGUAGCAUGAGGUGGUACCUGAAGUCCAAUUAGGUUGCACAGGUAGUCCAGCUCCUCCAGGAUGGCACAUCCAUAUGUGCGGUCGCAAGAAGGGUUGCUGUGUCCCCCAGCACAGUCUCAAGAGCAUGGAGGAGAUACCAUAUCCUUGGAGGGUUGCACAGACUUCCAUAUUAUAGCCAAUGGUACCCUUACAGCUGGUAGGUACCGAGUUGAAAUCCUCAGAGUGAUUGUCAGACCUUACUCUCGUUCAUCAAGAUCUUACGUGUGAUUUAAGUGUUCCCUUAUUUUUUUAGCAUUGUAAUUGACUGCACAUAUACUCUGUUGUGAUAAAACUGAGUGAGCGAGUGACCCUGACCCUGGGAACCCACUGGUUGUCUGGUUGGUACUGGUUGUGAAAGUUAAAUUGUUGUACUAUACUUAAUAUUACUGUAAUUUGAAGCAAUCUCUGGCAUAAGAAUUUUCUUUCGGAUAAAUAGAGUUCUAUUGAAUUGAAUUGAAAAUAAUGUAAUUUAUUGUGAAAUAUUACAGUUACAUAUUGUAACUUUCUGGAAUUAAUUUGCAGUGCAUGGGUCAAAUCACAUACAAGAUAAGUACCAUUGAAGGCUAAAGUCGUGGCGAUGAAUCUGGGCUGUCUUUCUGUAACUGAGUGACACAUCUUACUGUUGUAAACGAUCUUUGGCCACACGCCCAGCCUCAGCACCAGCGCAUCCCCACUCCACGGGGUUCUCCCCCCUCUGCCUGGACUAACAUUACCACGAAGCAUGAGAGGGAUGAGGCCUUCAUGAGUAGGACAAACACCACCGGACCUCGUUCUUCUUCUCCGGAGCUCGUUUGUCGCGGUCCGUUAUGUCUUUGAGCCUGCUUCCCCUCUCGCCAUGCCCGCCGCUGAUCGCUCCCUGCCACCGCCGCCGCAGCUGCUGCUGCUCCUUCUGCCGUCGUUGCUUUUGAUUUCGUGCCUGGAUGAGGCGGUGGGAGCAGCGGAGGAGGGCGGCGUCCUGCCCUCCUCUUCCUCUCCCGGGGACAAUGGCCUCAGCACCGCGGUCGGAGACUCGUCUGCCACCGAACCGACAGCCCCGGGGCCAUCCCUGGGCCCCUCCGCUCUGAUAGAAGAGCCCCAGUUUGCCCUGAAGGUCCUGGUGAGGGAUCUCGUGACCCGUCAGCCUCUGCUGGGUGCUGUGGUGGACGUCUAUGUGAACCACACUCUGAGGAGCUCUGACAGGGCAGGGGAGAGAGGUGAGGUUCUGCUCUGGGUCGCAUACAGCCCAGGCCUCAGUCUGACUCUGCUGGGCACCAAGGAGGGCUACGUCCCCAGCCCCCUGCCCUGGACCACUGCCAAGAGACCGAUUUUCUCUGCUGUCACAUUGCUGCUGCUCCCUCACAGUCAGGGGAACAUCUGGCUGUUUGAAGACUCAGUGCUCAUCACCAGGAAGUUACCUGACAGCUCAUCCCAACCCAAGGUGAAGUUCCCCAAGAACCUCCUCACAAUGUCUGAUAAGAGCAACAUCUCCUCGGUGACAGCAUACUUGACUGUGCCACAGCACCACCUAGCGAAGGACUGUGCCAACUGCACUCCAGGCAUCAUCAGUAAAAAAUCAUUGCUCAGAAGUAUCGAGCUGAAGGCGGUGGCAGCUGUCAGUGUCCUGCUGUACUCUGGUGGUGAGGAGCUCCAGGUUCGUGGGCCUAUUCAAAUCAGCCUGCCCCUGGGACACAGCACGCACCUCAGGGCCUCUGACACCGUGCCAGCCUGGGCCUUUAACCUGAAGACUGGUGCCUGGGAGAAUCAGGGACUGGGAAUAGUGAAAAGAGUUGGCAACGAGCUGGUUUGGACAUACACCGCUUCCCAUCUGGGCUACUGGAUCGCUGCCCCCCUUCCCUCAUCAAAUGAUUACCUGGCACAUGGAAACUCCAUUGAUUUCAUAUCAUACCACACCUACCUGUUGAUGGGAAUACUGGGAGCAACGCUGGCAAUAGUGAUUGGAUUUCUUUCCUUGCUGCUGUGUCACUGCGGGAGAGGUUCUCAUCGAGAGCCCAGGCGGAGGAGAGCACGCUUUUCCAAACUCACGGUGGUGAAAAAAGACCAAACCACCUCCACCCACAUGGAAGAGGGUUUGCUGUUCCGUUCUGGCGAGAACAGCCUCGCUUCCUGCAGCGUCCAGUGUGAACCCUCGUCCACGCCAAGGCACAAAGCCAACUACAACAUCUAUGUGGAGGAUCCAGGGAGUCGCCCCGCAGCUCCUCUUUAUGAGAACAUCGCUCUGGAUCGGAUCAAAGGUUCCCAGCCGCCGUCUCACUACAUCAACAGUGAGGAAGUGGCUCGGCUUCGGGAGAAGUCAGAGCAAGCCAACAUGAACUCUGACAAUUUCUUUCAAGAUAAGCUGGUUCAUAUCUACAACCAGCCGGUGGCCAUUAUUCAGGCACCGGAGCUUUUCGGUGCUCAAGAGCAGCAUAAGUCUGCCACUUUCCCCCGCAACGGGGUGGAGUAUGAUGCUCACUCAGAGCCUCCAAGUAAAGACAGCUACACCCAGACACUACCCAAAGCUCCUCACCAUCACUCCCAAGGUGGAGGCAGCCCACGGCAGAGCAACCAAGAUGAGCCCCAGCCUCUGGAGACUCCUCCUCCAGGCCAAGGCCCUAACGCUGUCGUGUGGGGACGCUACAGUAACCUCCUGGAAUCUUCCGUCUCCGUGCCUGGGACUCUUAAUGAGGCAGCUGGUAUGGAGGCCUUCAGCGGCGGGCAUGGUGUACCCAGCGAGCUGCAGGGGAUUUCAGAGCGCACCUUGCUGGAGCUGACCCGGGGCAAGUCUCACCCCAGAGCCUGGUUUGUCUCCUUAGACGGGAAGCCCGCUGCCCAGGUUCGCCACUCCAUAAUUGAGCUCCAGACUCGCCACCGCCCACCGAGCAGCAACGACACUAGCCUGGACUCAGGGGUGGACAUGAACGAGCCCCAGCAGAAUAUUCGCGAGACAGAGCGCGACAGGCCCUCGAUCAGGGCCUCCUCCCUGCCGCAUCACAGCCGAGGGGGGCGUUACGGCGAAGAGCAGGACCUGAGCAGCAGCGAGAGUGGCACAACAGCCACCUGUACGCCAGAGGACCCUUCCCUGAGGAACAUUUUAGACGGGAGCAGCGGGGCUAUCCCCAAUAUUCCCGAAGAGCGAGACGGAAUGGAUACAUCCAGCGCUCAGGAGGACAGCGAGUCAAGAGGUACGCCGCCUCCACGGCGCCUGAGGAAGGUGAGGGAGAAGGGGAAGACAGAAAAGAGGAGUGCCAAGCAUGUCCGCGAAGGGCGACCUCUGACCAAGCGGAGUUAGAGCACGGCUCAUUGCAAGCAUUUUUUCAUCAGUGCUUAAUUUAAAUGUCCCAUCAACCGUUUAAGACACAUUAUGCUAUGGUGUCAUUAGUGCUGAGUGAUCCAAAUUAGUUUUUACCAUUUGUGCUCACGCUGGCAUUGUUGUUGUUGAGUUUUGUGAUUGUACAACUUUGCCAAAGAAUGCUAUGCUCGAGAAACAAAGCAGGAUCUGUGUCACGUUGAAGCAUCAUGUAGCUGCUGUUAGACAAAUCUGUGCACCAUGUCCCCUCAUUCUCUGAAGAUCACCAGCGAGAUUCUUCACAGCAAAACGUCCGUGUGAACACGAUAUCCCAUAAUCCCCAGUACUGGCAUUAUAGAGGGUGCCUUCUUACUGCCUGUAAUCAUUAAAUAUGAUCACAGUAUUUGUCUAUAUUGAGUCAGAGCCGGUGAGUUUGCAGGAUGGACACAGAUACAGGUCUAUGUGUAGUGCACUUAUCCUCACCGUAAAUGCCUGCUGUAAAUUAAAUAAGAUAUUGAAGCUUUCCCGGUUUGCAGUGCUGACAUCUUGAUUUGAUCAUCCAGCCUCAUUUUACUUAAACAGACUCUGGGGUUCAUGAACGACUCAGUUAUGUCAUUAUUAGAAUCAGCUCUGUCAGAAAAAUUCACGUUUUUAACUCAUGACAUAAUUAUAUUGGAUUUGUUGACAACUAAUCUGACUCCAGUGAAUUUUGGAGUGAUGUACAUUGUAAAACUAAGCUGCCAUUUUGAAGCUAUGACACCUGAUGUUCAAGAUUUGAAGCCUACAAUUAUUUUAGAAUGCAUGAAAAUGAAUGUCUCCUUGUGUGUAUGAAAAUGAUUUUACUGUAGAGCUAACAUUACAUUAUCGUAGCUGUUUGAUUACUUACUGAAUGGUUUGUUUCAUUGUCUAGUCUUGGAGGGAAACUCAGUGUUGUGCUGCCGACUGUAACUACGGGAAGGAACUUUUACAACAAUAAUAGACGAAGACUCCUACAGUGUGGGUAUUACAUUGUAAGAACCAUCCUCCAAAUAUGCAGAAGCCCAGUAAAUCCAAUUUUAAACCACAUCCCAUAAAGUGUGGGAUGAUUCAGACUGCCUGUCUGAAGCAAUCAGAUACAACAGCCUGAUGCGACAUUCAUAUGGAUCACAUAGACAGCAAACUCAUUUUAGUGAGGGAGAUAAGGACAGUAAAAUUAGAUGAGGCCAACAAAGAAUGCUGGUAAUGGUAGCCGUCAUUGCUGUUCAAAGUUUAAAUAUUUCAACUUUUUGAUGUCCUCAGCAAGGGCAUUUACAGGAUGUUACGUAGCUCCUUCACACAAGGAGAAAACACAAACAAAAUAUUAGAAUAAUUACAUAAAAAAUAUUAUCAAUAUAUUUUAUUCCGUUCUCUGUAAACAAUACAGUUUUACCAUCCCAACCUACAAGUUAACAUGUUUGGUUUUACCAUCCUGCCAUUCUGUGAGACUCCUUGUUUUUCCUGUGCCGCCUAGAACAUGUUGUCCACCUGCUGUCUACCGUCUGUCUGAUUUCAUGUGAACACAGCAUUAAAAAGGAGUAAAUGCUGAUUGGUUGGAGGAAUGCUGUUUAAAAUAUUGUAAGUGUACAGGUGUGAGCGAACUAUUUGAUAUAUAUUUGCAAUAUUAAGGAGGCCAAAACCUUGUCUUUAGCCCCAAAAUGCAUUAUUUUCUUUUAAUCACAUACAGUGAAUUACCUUGUAAUUAUUUUCUUUACAACAUUAAUUUGGUGCCUUUCACAACCUGUAUUACCAAGCCUCUUAGUACCUUGACAAAAACAUAUAAGGCUGUUCAUUCAUAACAUUGACGUUACAAUUCCACAUCUACAUUUGAAUACUGUGCAGCUUCUUUCUGUUUGUAUGUCCAAUCAUUUUGUUUACACCCAGUAUUUCAGCACAGUUGCUGAUAAAGAUUAGGCUACACUUGUACUAUUAGUGUUGUACUAUUAGUGUUGUACUAUUUGUCAAAUUAAAUUCCAGUGGUGGCUGCGUACGAUUGUUUCCGAGUCAUUUUAAACUUGUUACAGGGUGUCUACAGGUAUAAACAAGUUAAAUUUAAGACUUUUAAGACCUUUUUAAUGCCACUUAAAAUGAAAUUUAAGACUAAACUUGCGAUGUAAAUACACACUAAAAGCAAAAAUAUACUGUCCAUGUAAACACAUUGAUAGCAGUUCAGAAUCAGACCUGAUGAUACUUUCUGUGCUUACAGCUCUGCAUGUGCAAUUUCCACCACCCUGAUUCCCAUUUUACAUUUGAAACACCUUUGACAUACGGUAUAGUUUACCUUGUAAACAUUUCAGGGCACUGGAUUUAAUCAUGAGUAUUCUUUUGAGCUUUUUGCCCUUUUACUUGCAUUUUCCCAUUGCUUGAAAGGUCGUAGUUUAAUGAUGCAGACUCAUUACAUAAGUGCAUUGAGGGGGCAAAAGUAGGGGUGUUGCACACAUACAGGUGUUGUGUAAGUCUGGUGCCCCAUCUAAUAGUAUUUCCCUCUUGUUAAAAUUAUGUUUCCUAUAGCAGCAACACCAAAAAUUAUAUCAGUGAUGUGACAAAAAAAAAUUAAGACCCAGUCAAUCUGAAUUUAAUUUAAUAGAGGUUAAGGUAAAGUUAGUAAAGUAAAUAAGACUGUAAAGGAUCCGCGGCCACCCUGCGUUAAGUCCAAAUGGCUUUUUUUUUUUUUUUUUUUUUUUUACAAAAGGAAGAUGUGAUCAUUUUGAAAAUUCCAAAUAUGUUUUUAUCUGACAAAAUAUUCUACUUCAGUCCAUAUUUGCUAGCAUUUAGCCUUUCAAAAACAACAUUUUUACUGGCUUCCGCUGCUGGAGGCACGCACCUGUAUUAACAGGGUGGUCUAGCAACAAGCUAACUGUACCAUAAAUUUAAAAAAAAAACUUACCCAUCAAAUGAGAUGAAUCACUUUGUACAAAUGAAGGAUUUUGUAAAAGGAUUUUUCUUAGGGUGAUGACAUUAUAAAAUAUGACAACAGACAUUCAAAGCUUCUGGAAAACCUCAGUACAAACUCUGAAUGUCAAAAAACAGAUUUGAAAUAGCCUUAAAAUAUAUUUGCUUCCUCACCAUAAAAAUUACUUUCUAUAUGUUGUUGUUUUGCUAUUAUUUAAGAAAGAAGGAUGGUGUUCUACUAAUUUUUCAACUGAAAGUUUUAAAAUUAAAUUUUGUAGACAUUCAGGGUGCCCAGAAAAUAAAUUGUUCCAAUUAUGGUGAUCCUUUUUCCACAAAUGCCACCAUGACGUCAACAUUUGUGGUUUUUGUCAAAUGUUUCAACAACAAUUUUCAUCAUGAUCCCUCAAUAUUUCCAUCAUCAGGUCAAAAUUUUCUACACUUUGGUUUAACUUUGGUUUUAAGUAGUAUAUAUCUAACCUUUCACAUCUGUCCUCUACUUAUUGACAUCAGCUUUUGUCUUAAGUCAAAUAAAACAUAACUUUAUAUGUCCCCAAUUGUUACACAGCAUUCCCACAAACCUACCAAAUCUUGAGAGUGUAAAUACCACAACAGCAAUGGCAACAAUACCAAUACUGACAUCAUUGCCCAUCCAAGAUAAAGUCUGGCAAAACCUUCACCAAGAAUACCACAACACAGUUUUACUAGCAGUAUUUACCAUAAAUUGAAAUGGAAGCUUUGCAGCAACAGUUUUGCCAUAUUUAGUCUUCCGUCAUACUGUAAAUUUUUUCCCUGAUGAGGUCACUUUGUAUGUAGAAAGCUCCAUUCUGCAGCUCCAUUCAUAUCUUCUUUGUCUGUAUAUAGCAAAGCAACAUUUUAUGUAUCGUGUGGCUGUGAUUUAACUUAUUUUGUGCUGUUUUUCUUUCAUCUAAAAGUCUGAGAGGUGUGUCAGUGUAAUGGUCGAAUGACACGGUUUUUGAACCAGAGUCAUACGAGAUAUAUUAAUAUUUUUUUUUAGGUUAGCCUGUGUCUUUUAAAGGGAGUGCACAACAAGCCCGAGCUUUGUAAUUUUAAAUGUAGCAACAAGUUCAGCACUUAACCUUUCGGUAUGCUUACAAAUGAAACUACUUUCUCCCGCUCGUCAUCAGCUUGAAGACACAGUACACCCCAGCUUAGACAGCAACUUGAGAAGUAGUUUGUGAACACUUUGUGCUGAUAAUUCCUGACAAGCAAAUCAAGCCCAAUACCACUCCCGUUUCAGAGUGAUUUUGCUGAAUGUAUCUGUAUUGAUUUUAAUGUGUUUGAUAGUGUGCUCCUUUUGUGUCUAGUCAUUGAACCUCAUGGGCUUUUGUUUCUUGUUUGUUCCACCGUUUGUGUUUACCUCUGUAAUGAUGGUAGUAAUACUAGUCUUGCCUUUUUGUGCACUAAAUUAAUAAACUUAA